AAAAAAACCACUUGUAAGNAAACUCUCAUUUCGAAGCCCCUCUCAUUCCUUCUCCAAUGGCGAAAAAUGGUGUUCCUUCGGAUCAAACCGGGAUGCCCAUACCCGCUUUUGACCCGCCCCGUAAACCGAAGAGAAACAAGUAUGCUUUGGCUUGUGCUUUGAUGGCCUCUUUAGCCUCCAUCUUGCUCGGUUACGAUAUUGGAGUAAUGAGCGGGGCCAUUAUCUACAUCGUCAAAGACAUAACAAUGAGCGAUGUAGAAAAGGAAGUUGUGAUGGGGAUCAUAAAUCUAAUCUCACUCGUGGGCUCGUUUAUGGCUGGCCGGACGUCCGAUUGGAUUGGGCGCCGCUUCACGAUCAUCAUAGCCGGAUCGAUAUUCUUCGUCGGUGCCCUUCUCAUGGGCUUCGCCACUAACUACGCCUUCUUGAUGGUGGGCCGCAUUGUGGCCGGGAUCGGAGUCGGGUUCGGGAUGAUGAUAGCGCCCGUGUACACUGCUGAGGUGGCGCCAGCCUCGGUUCGCGGCUUCCUCACCUCCUUCCCCGAAGUGUUCAUCAACGUUGGUAUAUUGCUCGGCUACGUGUCGAACGUGGCGUUCGCGAACCUCCCACAUAACCUCGGGUGGCGGUUCAUGUUCGGCGUCGGGAUCAUCCCGGCCAUCGGCAUCGUCGUCGGCGCGCUCGUCAUGCCUGAGUCCCCCCGUUGGCUCGUCAUGCAGGGCCGCAUCUCCGAGGCGAAGCGCGUCCUCGACAAGACCUCCGACUCCCCCGAAGAAUCUUUCCUCCGUCUCCACGACAUCAAACAAGCGGCCGGCAUACCCGAGAACUGCAACGACGACGACAACGUCAUCGUCCCCGCCUCGCGCGCCCACCACGGCGAGGGUGUGUGGCGCGACCUCCUCUGCCCGACCCCCGUCGUCCUCCACAUCGCCAUGUGCGCGUUCGGCAUCAACGUCUUCCAACAAGUCAGCGGCAUCGACUCCGUAGUCCUCUACAGCCCGACCAUAUUCGAGAAGGCCGGGAUCAAGGGCGAAAAGGACAAAUUGCUCGCCACCGUCAGCGUCGGCUUCACGAAGACGGUCUUCAUACUGGUCGCCACGUUCCUCGUCGACAGGUUCGGGCGGCGGCCGCUCCUCCUCACAAGCAUGGGAGGGAUGUUCGUGUCGUUGAUGGCUCUGGCGACGGGGUUGACCGUGAUCGAUAAUGGGCCGGGCCAGGCGGGUUGGGCCGUGGCGCUAUGCGUGGUGGGGGUUUUGUCCUACGUGGCGUUCUUCUCGUGCGGGAUGGGGCCCGUCGUGUGGGUCUACUGCUCGGAGAUUUUUCCGCUGAAGUUGAGGGCGCAGGGGGUUAGCACGGGGGUUGCACUCAACCGGGUGAUGAGCGGGACGAUAGGGAUCACGUUCAUAUCGUUGUACAAAAGCGUGACGAUUGGAGGGGUGUUUUUUCUUUACGGUGGGCUAGCGGCAGUGGCGUGGGUGUACAUUUACGUGCUUUUGCCGGAGACGAGGGGACGGUCGCUGGAGGAAACCGAGGCGUUGUUCGGGGGUUUCUAUAAGUGGAGAUCGACGGUGAAGGAGCUGGAUGAGAAGAAGAAGAAGGAGAAGAAACUGGAGAAAGGAGAUAAUAACUAACUGAUGGGCAUUGAAUGAGGGUUGAAUAUAUUACACCACCUUUUUACUAAUUUUUGGUGUUAUAUGUUGUAAAAGAGAAGAAGAAGAAGAAAAAGCUGUACUGAAAUUUGAAAAGCAUGUUCAAUAUAAAAGUGGUUUUGGUAACAAGUCCCAUGAUGUGUACGUGAAUGGUUUGUUUUUGGAAAAAGAAAACAUUUCCACUGCCCUCAGACCAUCUGGCUUCGAUAUCUCGAGGUCGGUUAGUUUGUCGGGCUUCCGGAGGCCGGUACCUCCAGGUCAUGAUUGUUAGCUCAACACCGUAAGUCCAUGUCCGAGCAUCUUAUCUUUGUAACCCCGGGAGUCCUUCCAGCCCGGCCUAACCGAGCUACUCUCCCAUACCGAAUUAUCGAGCUAGAUCUGAGUACCACAUCAAUAUUAAUAACAUGUUUCGAUACGAAAGUUGAAUAUCAAUCCACACCAAAC